GCGUAUAGUCGCGAUCGGUGACGAUCGCAAAUACUUUCUUGACGCGAACUUUAUGAGGUAAAUUGAAUUUCUUUCUUCUGUAAUUUCUUUAAUAUUUCUCUUAAGUAAACUCCAAGUAAACUCGCGGAACCAAUUUCGAUGUAAUUAAGGUAUUCAUUGAACGAGUGACUUUCAACGCAUAGAAGAAAAUCGUGUUCGAAGACACUAGUCUAUUUCACGACGACGACGACGACGACGACGACAAGGACGACGACAACGACAACGACAACGACAACGACAACGACAACGUAUAGUUUUAAAAACUUGAGAUGCAUUGUCAACAGUAUUAAUCGGCAAAAUCAGAUUCGAUGUAAUGAUGCCUGCAAAAGUCUGCAAAAGCUUGCAAAAGGACGACGACGAGUGUCCGCUUGUCGAUCCAAAUGAUGAAGAAGAAUCGCUUACUCCUCAGGAAGAUAAUUACGGCUGCGAACAUUAUAAGCGAAAAUCCAAGUUUGUGACUCCCUGCUGCAACAAAGUAUACACAUGCCGAUUUUGUCAUGAUGAACAGGAGACACAUACAGUUAAUAGAAAAGAAAUCACAGAACUGAUAUGCGUUUGCUGUGAUACUCGUCAACCUGUUCAGGCCACUUGUCAAAACUGCCAUUGCCAAUUCGGUAAAUACACAUGUUUAGAAUGCAAUCUUUUCGAUGACGAGGACAAAAAUCAAUAUCACUGCGAUGGCUGUGGGAUAUGUCGAGUUGGUGGUCGUGACAGAUUUUUUCACUGUGCCAAAUGCAACAUGUGUUUGCCAGUUCAACUAAAAAAUGGACAUAAGUGUAUAGAAAAUGUCUCACAUUCCAAUUGCCCUGUGUGCCUCGAAGAUAUCCACACGAGUCGCAUACCUUGUCACAUACCUGAUUGCGGACAUUUGCUUCAUCGCACGUGUUUCGAAGAAUUGUUACAUUCCGGACAUUAUGCAUGCCCGACGUGUCAAGUGUCGCUGCUGGACAUGACAGAUUUGUGGAAAUACUUGGAUGCAGAAGUGUCGUUAACGCCAAUGCCUGAGGAAUACAAGGACUUCAAGGCCGAAAUCUUGUGUAAAGACUGUCAUAAGGAAUCUACGGUAAAGUUUCACAUUGUCGGAUUGAAAUGCUUAAAGUGCGGUAGCUACAACACUUGUAGAAUAAAAGGCUCUCCUCUGCCAGAUGCGGAUCCUUUAUACGAAAGAGCUGGGAGUAGUAGGACAGGAGAAGACGAACAGUCGUAAAAUCGGACUUUGGGAGUAUUAUCUGAAAGUGUCUAUCAAUUGUGUAAGAAGUGCAGCCUAUUAGCGGUGAUAUGAGAGAGUAUUUUAGAAUAUCUUUAUGAUCUUGUAGCAAAUUACAUUUCUGUUGUCUUUAUCGUACUUUUCGAUCGAACAUUAUUUAAUCGAUUGUGCAAGUACGUGAACAUUAACCAGCUUUGUCGUUCAAACGAAGCUUAAUUCAUAAAUAAUUGUCUUAGUAUAAUACUUUGUGACACACAGUAAUGUAACUUCGAUGUGUAGGUCAUUUCAUUAGCGCGAAAGAGAUAUUUGUAGUUUUAUAACAGAAAUUUGUUUUGUUCUGUUUGUGUCAAAUCAUGAUUAAAGACAACGGUUGAUGAAAUGAUCGGCACGAGAAUAUCUCGUGGAUAUUCAAUUUUGCGUGCGAUAUGUUUACGCUGAAACAUUUUGAUCUAUAAGACGUAUAAAAAGAGAGGCAUGCUUUCCUACUUACAAUACGUUGAUUUUAUCAAAACGAAAGAAAAUUAGCGAUAUGAAAUAUAUUAUAUGUUUUUCUUUCGUUUUGUUGAAACUUGCUAGACCAAUUAUUUCAAAAUAUUUCUAUGACGUAAUUAAAACCCUCACUUUUUCUGUGACAUGUCGCUAUCCAAUUUGCAUAAUAUAUAUAUAUAUACAGUCGAACCUCCCAAAACAUAUGCAAAUCCACUCUCAAAACGUAUAAUUUUCCCCAUCAUCGCUUUUUCCACCACUAAGUAUGAUUGCAACCAAAACUGCGCUAGCGCGAAAUGAAUUUUAUAUCAAGUAAGUCUUUUUGCGCAUGCGUGAGGUAAAGAGUGAGGGAAUAGGGAAAAUUAUACGUUUUGGAAAGCUCGUCGGUCCCGACUAUAUACGUUUUGGGAGGUUCGACUGUAGCUCGGUCAUUGUUACUGUUGUUAUUUUAGUUUUAAUAAUUCCGACAUUGUUAUCUCUAUACUUAUCAUAUUCCAAAUUUGUUUAUAUUUUGAUUUUACAAUUUAAUAGAGGCUAAUUCUAUGAUUUCCGCCGUCAAACUUUUUAACAUGUGGAAUUAUUGUUGAGUUUUGUUAAAUAUAUUUUUUGAUAAAAUUUUAGAUAUAUUAGAUAUAGAUAUUUGUUUGUUUAACAAAGAAAGGUUACUCGCGCGUAUACUUUUAUUAUCUUGUUACAUUUCUUUGAAUUUUCUCAGCGGCUUUAUUAAACUCACCGUCAUUUGUGCCUCAAAUUUGUCUUCCGGCAAAAACAAGAACUCGGACGUCAAAAGUUGCUCAAAUUCUUGUAUAUCCUAUAUACGUAUAAUUUAUGUAUACAAUUUUUUCGGAUUUUUUUCUGCGGUUAAAUGAGAUUUAUUGGCACAUUUAUUUGUAGUUUAUUAAUUAUUGCGCCUAAAACAAAUUAAAAACCGGUAAAUUAAGUUUGAUAAUUGUUUCGGAAAGACAAGAGAGAAUAACACGAAGUAUCACAAACCUUUUAUAUGGUGUGUUUAGACAUAUAGCACAGUGUCAUCUGAUCUUGAGCAAACUUAUAUAUACUCACAUACACAAUCAAUGUUUUAAAAUCAAUGUUUGCAUUUUAUGAUAUUCAAUAUUUGAUAUUUGAUGCUUUUGCGAUGUGUUAAUAAGAAUUCCUGAAGAUGGUUUUUGGAUUUGGACCGUGUUAGUGGAUUUCAAGACCUGAUACAAUGUAAAGUGAACUGAAAUGUCCGCGAAACGUCGGUGUAAAAUAUGAUAUUAACGCAGUUCAAAUUAAAAAAAAAAAAAACCAUCUUCAAGAUAUUCAAUAUUGUUGAGAAAAACACGAUCUUUUCAUAAAUGCCAAAAUUAUGUUAUUGGCAAUGAAAAGCAAUCACACACAUUUAUAUAUAAAAUCUCUGUGUCGUAUUUCAAGAUGCAUACUUAUGAUGCACUUUAAAUAAUUAAAAAUUUAAUUUGCAUUUUUCACAUAAACAGCCUCUCAAUAUAGAAACGUAAGUUAAUUGUAACUUACUUUUUCUGAACGUUUCCACUUCAUUUUCAUGAAAAACAACUCAUUUUCUGGAUAAGUUUUGGAAUUAAUAAAAAUUACCUUUGACAGCAAUUUGAAGAGAUAAAAAUUCCAGUAAUUCUUAUUUUAAAAACUGUUAAACGUUUUCAAAAUGCGCAGUGCGCAAAAUCAGUUUUUUUUUUUUUAAUCUUUCUAAAUGGGUACGUCUCUUUAAAUUGUUUGAAAAAUUUAACCAUGUCUGUGGUUGUUUCGGAAAAAAAUCUCGCUUAGUUAUGGAUAUUUCUAGUUGAGAAUAAAUAUGUAAUUUUUCGCGCUUGCGUAAUGUUUCCUCGUAGGUGUGCAAACACCACUACAUAGGAGCACAAAUUCUCACGUGAAUGACACAUAUUGAUUCAACAAUGUAUAAACAUAGCGAAUAAUGCGAAAAAAUUUAUAAUUUUCAUGAAUGGUACAGUAUCGCGUGUGUUGUUACACGUAUAUCAGUGAUUUCUUGUGCAAUACGAACUCUUUAUUUUUUCCCAAUAGGCAAUUUUUCUAGCAAUUAAUAGAUAUAGUCAACUAUAUCAAUACAUAAAAUCUAAUAUAUAAAAUAUAUAUAUAAUCUAAUAUACAUAAAAUGUUUUAGAGCGAUGCUAUCUAUACAAAUGUUAGAUAGGUAUUCAUUAAUCGCGAUUGUCAGUCGAAAAAGUUUGCUAUCUUCUAUCGCAUUUAGUGCGGAAUAUUUUUUAGUUACCGAAAAUAUAGUAGCAGCUGCCACCAAUUGUAUUUUAUAAUAAACGACUAGCUAAAAAAACAUCUCCAGCGGAUUUCUUUUAGAAUUCGGAUUUAAAAAGUUGAGAUUGCGAGUGAUGAUUUUAGAUGUAAUAUUGUUUUAGAUUUAUUAUGAAAAAAAAAAAAAAAAAAAACUAGAUCAUAUGUCGUCACUCCCUA